CGUGGAAUGCUGGUUUAUAUUUGGAAACUUAUCAGAAUUAGCUACCCAAUUUGCCCAUUUAUUUGUUUUAAUUUUCACAUUUCCCUCAAACUAAAUGUAUCCGAAUGACAUGAGACUUAAGUAAGUAACCCUAGUACCCUAAUUGGGACCGGCCUUAUACGAGGUUACUUUCGAUAUUACAAAUAUGAAUGAGGGGUAAAAGUGACAUUUUAAUCACGGACAUUUUUCCGCUUGACUCUGCCUGUUUUUAUUUUCCUCUGCAAUUCGUUUGGUUUCUGUAUCUGCCAUUCUCGGGGAGGUUGUUCGCUGCUUUUGCUUUUUCUCUCUGCAAUUCGUUCGCGGGCUCUCCUUCGUUGGUUUAUUGGAAUUUUUCUGAGCAAUGGUUUUCCUCCGAAGCGUUUCUGCUCUUUCAAGGCUCCGAUCUCGUCUCGUUCAACAAUCUGGUCUCAAUGGUUCUGUUAGAUGGCUGCAAAGUUCUUCAGAGACCGAUCUUCAUUCUCAAUUGAAGGAAUUGAUUCCAGAACAGCAGGAGCGACUGAAAAAGCUGAAAGCAGAAUGUGGGAAGGUUCAGCUUGGGAACAUUACAGUUGACAUGGUAAUUGGUGGAAUGAGAGGAAUGACAGGAAUGCUUUGGGAAACCUCUUUACUUGACCCAGAUGAGGGAAUUCGCUUUAGGGGUCUAUCUAUUCCUGAAUGCCAGAAAUUAUUACCAGCUGCAAAUCCUGGGGGAGAGCCUUUGCCUGAGGGCCUCCUGUGGCUUCUUCUAACUGGAAAGGUACCAAGCAAAGAUCAAGUAGCUGCACUAUCCAAGGAACUGCGAGCUCGUGCUACUGUUCCAGAUCAUGUAUAUAAGGUCAUUGACGCUCUUCCUGUGACUGCUCAUCCUAUGACUCAAUUCGCUACAGGUGUUAUGGGACUUCAGGUUCACAGUGAAUUUCAGAAGGCAUAUGAGAAAGGGGUUUCAAAGUCAAAAUUCUGGGAGCCUACUUACGAGGACUCUCUCAAUUUGAUUGCUAAAGUUCCACUUAUAGCUGCUUAUGUUUAUCGAAGAGCUUACAAGGAUGGGAAAGUUAUACCCGUGGAUCAUUCUUUGGAUUAUGGUGGGAACUUUUCUCACAUGCUUGGGUUUGAUGAUCCCAAAAUGCAAGAGCUGAUGAGACUAUAUGUCACCAUCCAUAGUGACCAUGAAGGUGGAAACGUUAGUGCACAUACUGCUCAUCUUGUUGGUAGUGCCCUUUCAGAUCCUUACCUUUCAUUUGCAGCUGCAUUAAAUGGUUUAGCUGGGCCUCUCCAUGGCUUGGCCAAUCAGGAAGUUUUACUAUGGAUCAAAUCUGUUGUAGAUGAAUGUGGGGAAAACAUAACCACUGACCAGUUAAAGGAUUACGUCUGGAAAACAUUAAAUAGCGGCAAGGUUGUUCCUGGGUAUGGGCAUGGAGUUCUGCGUAAAACAGAUCCAAGAUACACAUGCCAGAGGGAGUUUGCAUUGAAGCACUUGCCUGAUGAUCCACUGUUCCAGCUGGUUUCCAAGCUUUAUGAAGUUGUGCCUCCCAUACUCACUCAGCUAGGCAAGGUUAAGAAUCCCUGGCCCAAUGUUGAUGCUCACAGUGGUGUGCUGUUGAACCAUUUUGGGUUAACUGAAGCAAGGUAUUAUACUGUUCUUUUCGGUGUCUCAAGAAGCAUUGGAAUCUGCUCUCAGAUUAUAUGGGAUCGGGCCCUUGGCUUGCCGCUUGAAAGGCCAAAAAGUGUUACGAUGGAAUGGCUUGAGAAGCACUGCAAGAAGGCAGCAUAACUCCAUGUUGUGUAGCGGUAUUUGAAUUUUUUUUUUCUCAGUAAUAAUUGAUGAAAGGGAAUGGCCAUCUUUUCAUUCUCUUUCUUUCCUUUACAUCUUUUCAUCUUUUUUCCUGUAUGGUUUUUGGGGUAGGGCUGGGAGUGUAAUUCAGGAAUUUGAGCUUUAUCUUGUGGUUACUCCAAACUUCGAGCUUUUGGAGUUGCCUUCUCCAAAUUUUAAAGGCAAUAUACUCAUCUGCUCUCAUAUUGUUAAAUCAAAACUGAAUGAGUAGAAAUUGGCUUUUGAGGUCUCA